UUAUACGCUCUCGCGAGAAGAGGGGUGUCUUGGGAGCACGUGGGCGCGCUCCGAGUUUCUUCUUUGGGCUCCUUUUGAGUCGCGUUUCCGUUAUGAACGCCGCAAAGCCGCAUUCCGGGCAAGCGGUGGACGGGGAGCCUGGGGCCGAGUGGAGCAUCCCUCCCAACGCGCCCGCCUGCAUGGAGCGGCACCUGGACGGGGCCCACUACCGGACAGAUGGUGCCUUGCUACUGGGAGCAUCCAGCUUAAGUGGACGAUGCUGGGUUGGUUCCAUUUGGGUAUUCAAGGAUCCAUCAAAAGCUCCUAAUGAGGGCUUUUGCUCAGCAGGAGUUCAAACUGAAGCAGGCAUAGCAGAUCUGAAGUGGGUAGAUGGUAAAGGCAUCUUGGUGGCUUCUGAUUCAGGUGCUCUGGAACUUUGGGAGCUGGAUGAGAACGAGACCUUGAUAGUGAACAAAUUUUGUAAGUACGAGCAUGACGACAUUGUGACCACAGUGAGUGUCCUCGCCAACAGCACACAGGCCAUCAGCGGCAGCAAAGACUUCAGUGUGAAGAUCUGGGACAUCCCUCAAGAAACAGUGCUCCAUUCCUACAGAGCACAUUCCGGCCAAGUGUCAUGUGUUGCAUCCUGCCCUGGAAAGGAUACAGUGUUCUUGUCCUGUGCUGAGGAUAGCAGGAUUUUACUCUGGGAUACCAGGUCUCCAAAACCAGCAACUCGCAUUGCUUGCAGUGCCUCUAGUAAUCUUUCUACCUCACUGGUGUGGCAUCCACAUCAAAAUGACACUUUUGUUUUGGGUGAUGAAAAUGGAACUGUGGCCCUUGUGGACACAAAGAAACCAGACUCUGCGCUCAGCACAGUUGUGCACUCCCGAAAUGUUACAGGAUUUGCUUUUUCUGCACAUAGUUCACCCCUUUUGGCUUCCAUCAGUGAAGACUGCUCCGUAGUUGUUCUUGAUUCCAGCUUUUCAGAAGUUUUCAGAAACCGCUCCCAUCGAGACUUUGUGAAAGGCUUGUCGUGGUCGCCAUCAAACAAAGGCUCCUUAACAACGGUUGGAUGGGACCAUCAAGUUCUACAUCACGUUGUCCCAACACAGAAUAGCCAUCCUUCUAGCAAUAAUGAUAAUACUGCAUAGAUUUUUUUUUAUAUUCCUUAUUGGGCCCUUCUCCCUGGAAUAGCUUUUGUUUUGUUUUGUUGUGUCCUGAGGUUGAGUGUGGCCUUCGAGCCAAGAAGAAAGGUCCUAUAAACAAUUUCAUGUUAGAUGAGGGCUAGCCUCUUACUUGUUGUGCCAGUCAGGAUCUGCCUGUAAAUAGAAGUUUUCUUGCAGGGCACAGGCUCAUUUUGGCAUCUGUCUUUGAAAGUCAUGCAUUCGUUGUCUUUCUAACUUCACUGUACUUCUCAGAACAACCAAGUAGCAGGGAAAAGGUUUUUUUUUUUUUUUAAAUGGGGAAAUUGAAUCUUCUGAGCUUACCUGCUGACUUGAAUAGGGAUUGAGUUAAAACUGAAGAGAUGGAGUAACCCAGCCAUGGGAACAGAGAUGACUCAAAGGGAGCUCUGUUAGAGUUGUUGAUGUCAGCCUCCAUCUUGGUCCCAUCUGGGUUAAGGGCAUCACUUUAAAUUGUUCAGCCUUAAGGAUGGAAUGCUUUGUGAUACAGAUCAGCUCCUUGGUAGGGAUGGGGUUGUACAUAUCAGAGACAUAAACACAUGAGCCACGUGUAGUUAGCCUGUCCUCCAGACAGGCUGUCUAGCAUUCGCUAGCCAUGAUUGUUGUGCCAGAAUUUUGAAUUCCCAAAUAUUCUGAUCAGGGAAGCUACUGUCCUAUAAAGGAAAAGUUCAUCAUCAAAUUAUGUAAAGCCUUUUUUAAAAAAUCCCUUGAGUACCUCUGUCGUGGGUUACUAGAUGUCUGUGGCCUGGAUGUGUAGAAUGGCUGAAUUUGAUCCAUGUGCCCCAAAAGUACUUGAGAUUUACGUUUCUUGAACAUUCUGUAUGGCAAAAGCUUUGGAAGCACAGGCCAGGUAACAACAGCAUAGGGCCUUGCUGAUCAAGGAAUUGGAGCUGAGGGAGAAGCAAAAACCUUGGCUGGGUUGACACCACACCUUAGUCGAGGUGUCUGGUCCCAGCCCAUUGCCCCUAUGAACCCACAUCAGUACUCAAGGAGAGGCUGGUUCAGGAAGCUGUACUGACUAGGGAAAAAUGAUCCAUUUGGCCCACUUUACAGUUACAAGGGGGGAAACUUUUUUUCAUCUGUGUUUUGUCUUCUGACUUUUGAGUGUGUAAUAUGAAGGAAAAGGUGUUCUCAUCACUUCUAAGGUGCUGAGCAACUGCAGCAUGCUUUGGUAAUAUCUUGCCGUCUUCAUUGAGUCCUUGAUUCUGCUGCUGCCUGCCAUUGUAGUAUGGAGGCUUUGGGGGAAUUUGGACUUAAGAUACUGUUUUAUUUUUUUAAUGUUGAAUCCUUGAGGAGUGAGGGGAGAACAAAGCACUCAUCUGUAGUAAAGUAUUGGUUGGAACCUGGUUCACUUAUUUCCAGAUUAUAAUGUGUGGAAUUUUAUUUUGAGGAGGAGGAGGAGGAGUGUUAGACUGCCCUGAGGAUCCCGGAAACCUUUACAGAGGAUUAUAUCUGAAAACCAAGCUUGGUGAUUUGUGCACCUUUCAUGAGGCAGAUAGUUGAUUGUCACUGCUCUUGCAAUAUGCAGUUAUCAGUUCUUCAAAAAGAGAGAGAGAUCUGGCAGCUCUUAUGCUGUUGCAGAUCUCCUACUGUGUGAAAUACUAACUUUUUGUGGUGCCCUGCAGCCCAUGUCCGGGCAGGUAGGUUAAUGUGUUAAUGUGAUUUUUCCUUGUUAGUUUUAUUCAUGUCACAGUUCUGUGGUGGAGUAGAAGGUUUAGAAUGGGCAUGCUGAUGCCAGACGUUGUGAUAUUGUCAUGGGAGACUUGCAGAAGAACUGAUAGGAUGUGUUUAUUCAUUUUUCUUCUGCUGUGAUCUGGAGCAAAGGAAGACAAACUUUAUGCUGAUUUGAUGCUGGUAACAAGCACUAAUCCAGGACCUGUGUGACAUACAACAAGAAUAGAGAUGACCACAGGAAAAAUAAGAAAAGGUAGUUCUUUUUUAAUAAAAGUAUUUUCAUUUUUAAACAA